GGGGCUGCUAAUACAGUGCUAUAUACCUAGUAUAUGGCGAUUGUUCGCCUGCACCAGCUUGCCCUGCCACAGCCCCUCAGGGCUCCAGGGCCUGGGUCAAGACCAGCAAGCUGACUGCAGAUUGGCACGAGCUGACCAGUGCUGUUACGGAGCUUAAGGCACCCCUGAGCAAAGGUGAUGAAGCCACCUUUUCAACAGAUGCAAAGCCAGCCGCAACAAUAAGAAGUUGUUCCUAAUGAGGCCGCUGCACAAUGCCAUCGAACUGCUUCGGUGCGCCCUGUCACGGUCAGCCAAAUGCUUGGGUGCAGUUCCAAAAACCUGGUGCACCUUCCAGUUCAGACUCGCAAUACAAGGAGUACCUUAGAAGGUUACAAUCUGGCAGGGCACAUCCUCAGUCUCCUGUGACCAGCCCACAUUUGGUUCGACUAUCUUGCAAAUUCAGCAGGCAAGCAAGUACUUGUGGCACAAUUCGAUCAUCGCUUUGCGAAAGGAGUCAAAUUUCAGCUGCAGCUGGCCUGACAGCUGUCAGCAUGCCAGGUGUCAAGACUUUGCGUUGGCACAGUGGCUUAAAGCCAUCUUUCAAAGCGACUAUCCUCUAUGGAUUGCUGCUCUCCAGCAUUGGAGCGAGGGCUACCACUGGUGGCAUCAGCACAAGGGGGUUGAUGGCAGUCGUGAGAAGUUACACGGGGGACCGGGACCUACAGACUGCUUGUGCAAGGGAUCUGCUAGCGGUUCUGAGUGGGGGGAUUGACGCACAGGAUGUGGCACCCCCCCGGGCUGACGCAUUGCGUUCAUGUAUACGGCCCCUCGUUGGGAAGCUCCCAGUGGAAGUUUCGUCAGGAAGUCAAGAUCCUGGCUCCUUCGAAGUCGAUCAGGAAAGUUCACGUUUGGAUGGAGAUGAAGGAGCUUCAUCUACGCCAGUGUUGAUCAGUAGGUCUUCAGUACGGAAGCUAGUCACUGACUUGCUUGAUACCCAAGGGAGAGGGGAAAAUCGAAAGAGAAACUCUGGCGUUGUAAAGCAAAGUCGGUCAGGUCGUCAAGCGGGACAAGAAAGCGGGUUAGAGGGCAGGUUUGGGGCGCUGGUUGCCCAGCCACCGGCGGAGGUUAUGGCUCUGGUUAGGGCGGUCGAUACGCAGCGGGGGAAUGGCAGCGCCCUGCGAAGAGCCCUCAGCCCAAGCCAUUUCGAGUUUCCCGACUGCGAAGGGUCGACCGAGGCCUGCUGCCAGCUGGCGCGCGCACCAACUGGGCAGCGCUUCUCAAAGCAAGUUGUGAGCCGUUACUUCGCGCUUCUAUUCGAGGCAAUUGCGGCUACGGCCCCGGUCGCUGGCUUCCCCGUCAACCUCAGCCGCUUCGACCUUUUCCACGGACACUUUCUGUACGCGCGCGAGAGCCGUCGGUUUGGCAUCCUUUUCCACGCUCGCGAAUACCCGGCAGAAGACCCGGAGGCGUUCCCGGUCAACCUGGGCUACUGCCAGCGAGGUUCGAAGGUCCGCUACGACGAAACCAUGAACCUACGCAACCUGCUCUGGCUGGCGCCCAGAGAGGCUUCUGUGGCGCGAGCGCGCGCGCCUGGGGUAUUGUGCGCGCUGGACACCCGGCCGGACGGCAUUCUGGGCGCGGAGCUGGUUGUGGAGGGGUUGCAGCUGGUCCAUACAAUAUUCGAAGGGGAUCUUGGCGUCCUACUAGGAGACGUCAACUACUUGGGGGCGCUCAAGAGGCGGAGACUUGAACAGCGCUUGUUUAUCUGCUGAUAACGUGUUUAUUAUGUAUACCCGAUCGAUGGCACUCGUGAUCAAAGCUCUCGGAAAUCGGAUUUGCCUUGCAGCCCCCUCUUUUGUUUUCAUUCCUCGAGGGCGGCCACUUGCAUUAGCUGCCACGUGCAAGUGGCA